AUGUGCGCCAGAGCCGAGGAUAGUGAGAAGGGUAAUCGUCUGAGAGACAAUAGCUAUGGGGGAUAUCCACGAUUAGCCAAGUUUAUGGGGGACAUUCCUGAUGUUGCUAUUUUCUCCCGCUUUCUUGAUUUGUCUACAGAAAGCCUGCUGCACUAUCAAGCCCAGCUGCACGAGAUUCAGUCGCACCUCAGGAUAGUUCAGGAGGCUGAUAGGGAUAUAAAUGCUGGUGGAAUGAGAAACGCGUAUGAGUUCAACUCUUCAAUCUUACGCGAAUCAUACUUGUCCGAUUUAGACGAUAACAGCGGCCCCGAACUUGAAAGAGUGCACUUCGAUGGGAAAAGGCAAUGGGAAACAAUUUUGCGAGCUCGAACAAUGAUAAAAGAAUAUCGACAGGUCGACAGUCUCAAUGAUUGGAUGCAAAGACCGACUAGAGGCAAUAUGUAUCUGAAAGGUAGCGAUAGUGAGCUGUGGAAGGAUGCCAAGCUCAAUGAACUCAUGACAAUGGAGCAGCCUACAAGCGACGACACAUCUAGCUCAACCAUUCGAGUCGUCAAACUAUACCACAACAUCAUUGGCCGGUUCAUUCAUGAUGAGCCGGACGAGCAACACAUGAAAAACACUAUCGUCUACACGAAUAACGGCGCCAUUAAAGUUGUAAGAGGAGCCAAGACCUUGGUAGCCUGCAUGAUUCCCAUUUUGGGAAUCGUAGUGCUGUACUUCGUCAAGGAUCAGGGAGCUAGACUUGGUGUCAUUGCUGCCUUUACCGCGAUUUUCUCGGUCACCCUGAGCGUCUUUACACCGGCAGCCAUAAAAGAUAUUUUCAGUGCCACAGCAGCAUUUUCUGCCGUCCUAGUUGUCUUCGUUGGGACAUCUUGA